UCCCGUCUGUCCCCUCUGCCCACAGCCUGAUGUCCCCAUGCCGGUGGAGCCCAGGCCCUGUCCCGGGAGGGGGUCCCCGGGGGCUCUGCCUGGGGCUGGACAUGGCUGGGGCCCCAAGGGCUGUGACACUCGCUCGCUUUCCAAACCCAGCGGCUUCCUGGGCUGAACCAGCCAGAGCAGGAUUCCAGCUCUGAGCUGAUCCAGACGUUGGGUUGAGUCUUGCAGGGAUUUUACAGCACAGGAAAAGCCGCUGCCAUGCCAUGGAGCGUUUGACGGAGCUCUGGGAGCAGCUGUGGGGUUUGUGCCGCUCACAGCACCUUGUGCUGCGGCAUUUGCUGUGGGUUCAACAAGAGCCGUGAUCCACGGCUGUGAGUGACACCCUGGAGCCCACAUGCCCCUGUCUGGCCCGUGUGGGCAGGGAGCUGUAACUCUGUAACGGCUGAUGAACCUGUAACUGGUGCUGCUGAGCACCGGGACCCUCCCCGCUGGCCUCGGCCCCCGCAGCGCCUGUGAUGUCACUGAGCUGCCCAUGAUGUCAGCAAAUGUGGUCACUAGAGCUGGGGCGCUGGCCGGGCCCGGCACACACAGCGCUGGUGGAGCUGGUGGAGCUGGUGCUGCUGGUGCUGGUGCUACUGUUGGAGCUGGUGCUGUUGGUGGAGCUGGUGCUGCUGGUUCUCUUGGUUGCUGGUGGUGCAGGUGCUCUCAGUGGAGCUGGUGCUGCUGGUGCUGGUUGUACUGGUGAAGCUGCUGGAGCUGGUGCUGCUGGUGCUGGUUGUACUGGUGGUGCAGGUGCUCCCAGUGGAGCUGGUAGAGCUGGUGCUGGUGCUGCUGGUGAAGCUGCUGGAGCUGGUGCUGCUGGUGCAGGUCCUUCCAGUGGUGCUGCUACAGCUGGAGCUGGUGCUGCUGGUGCAUCUCGUGCCGGUGGUUGCUGGUGGAUCUGGUGGAGCUGGUGCUCCUGUAGUUGGUGCUGUUGGAGCAGCGUCCCAGGGCCAUGGAAAGGCUCUUGCGGUUCCUGCGGCGCAGGACGGCGCGGGGGGCGCCCCCAACCCCCAGGAGCAGACAUGGCGACAAGCUCCAGCCGCAGGUUCGCGACGAGCUGUGGCUGCGAGAAGCCGCCAACCAGAGCAACAGCGCUGGGCCGCAGGUGAGCAAAAUCGGAGACUUUGGUGGAGAGUCUUGGUUCUCGCCCUGUACUGCACGCUGUUGAAUCCAGAGCUGUAGAAAACUCUUUUAUAACCUGACGUCAAGUUGGUGACAGUUCCUCUUCUGCGAGUACGAAAUGCUGCCGCUCUCUCCUCUUUUGAGCUGCUUUGCUGAGUUCUGUCUCUUUGUGUCCUUUGGUUCGAACAGGCACAAGAUGCCAGAGCCCCAAAACCGACGGCGGGUUCAGGUUCAUCCUCUUUCUGCCGAGUCCAUGGAAGGUGUCAUGCAUCAGAAAGUGCUGAAAUGAAGCAGUUUAUCAGAGACCUGGAGCAACAGCUUAUCAUGGAAACGAACCCGGCUGAGGCGCUGGAAGCCAACAGGCGCUUGCAGGAGGAUUUAAACAGAGCCGAAAGAAAAGCUGCUCGGCUGGAAAUGGAAGUGAACCUACUGAAAAAAAACAUUGGGAGAAAGACAACGGCAUUAAAAACCACAACAGAAGAACUACGCCGGGCCCAGCAGCAGUUUGAGCAGUCACAGGCUCUUUGUAUCCAGGUGGAUCAGGAGAGGAAAGAUGCCAUCCAGAGGGCAGAAGGGCUGCAGGAACAAGUGGCCCAGCUGCAAGAUGAAAACCUUUGGCUCCGUCAGCAGCUGGGGGACGCACAGAACAAGGCCGCCCAAGAACUAAUGAGAGAAAUGGAGCGGCCAGAGGAAACGCCACUGGCAGCUGGGACACAGCAACAUGAUCGGCUGAAGCAAGAGAAGCCCCACUUGCCAGAGGACUUGGACAAGGUCAAGGCCAAGGUACACAGAGUCUGUGAAGGUGUUCCUAGAUUUGAGCUGUUGUUCUCCUUCAGUGACCAGAAGAGAAGAAAAUCUUCAGGGAAGAAGCCCAGCAGAGAUUUGUCUGAGGAUAUUCUGAGCUUCAACGUCAUUAACAAUCGUUUUCCAGCUUUUUUCACAGCUGUGACCACCAUGAAAAUAUCUGAUGGGGUUUCACAGAGAUUUUAGACCCCUCUGCCUAAGACGGAUGUUGUUUUCUCCACAUCCAGGUGUGUGAACUCUCGUCACAGAUGGAGUUGCACUCCCAACUAUCUCUGCAGCUCAAAGCCACGAUCCAGGGGCUGCAAGAGCUGGUGGCUCUUCUGCCACAUGGCUUGGCCACUCCUGGGGGCGCUCACAGCCCAACAGCGCUUCAUGGAAAACGCUGUGAGCAGCCAAGGGAGGAGCAGCUGGAGUCGAAAAGCAGAGACCUGGAUCCCAGUGUGCAGAGAUCACGGAGCCUGUGGGACCUGAGCCGCUCCGCACAGCCCGGCCUUUCUGCCAGGGCCAGUGUGAUGCCGGCAGAAGCCUCUGCUCAGAGCCCGCAGGAGCCACGGCGCAGACUCUUCCAUCGCGAGGCAAAGACUCUGGGCCAGAGCCGGGGACGGAGCGGGAGCCCGUCGGGCUCAGGUGAGCAGCUCCAGACGUGGUUCUGCAGCGCUCCGGCGGGGCAGGGUCUGCCCUUGGGUUUUGCUGGGGUGCCAGAGAGCACAAGUCUUGUCUGUGCAAUGCCUGGGCAGCUGCAGCCAGGAGAAAGUCCUUACUGGCUCGUCCUGCACAGCACAGAGCAGGUGCUGUUAGCUGUGAACCCAACUGACAUGGGCUCUGGCUUCUUCUCUCCCAGGCACCGCUGAACAUGGAGCUGGAUCUGCUGGGGAUCCUCCCCAGAUAUCUCCUGCUCCUCUGCCGAAUGCAGAUGAAGUCCAGGAUCCCCCGGCCAGGGCAACACAGUUCAACCUCGACGAUUUGGAAGAGGAAUUGUUAGAAUUGCUAGAAAGUGGUCAUUAAACUUGUGAAGGUUCCUUUUCUGUGCCCGUCUGCUGUGCUUUCCCAUGGCUGUCCCCUCCUGGGCUCCCACAGUGCUGGGCUGAACCAGGGGCAGCGGCUGGGGACAGCAAAGCCCCUGGAGCCCCCAUGCCCUGCUCCCUUGGGGGUUCGGGGCUGUGGGGCUGCAGGGGCCAGCCCAGCUCUUGGGGGGCUGCCCAGGCCAUGGGACCCCUCACACCGGCAAUGCUAGGAGAUGUAGUCCCUCGCUUCACAGCACGAUUCUUUCAAGAACAGUAUUUAAUACUGUAUGAGACGCAUGUAAAUUUGUGAAACUCUUUGUCUCCUCUGAUCCUGCCGUGUUUUCCCAUCACCAUUGCCCGUGUCCCCAUGCCGGGAGCCCCCGGGGGCUCUGCCUAGGGCUGGACAUGGCUGGGGGCCCAAGGGCUGUGACACUCGCUCACUUUCCAAACCCAGCGGCUUCCUGGGCUGAACCAGCCAGAGCAGGAUUCCAGCUCUGAGCUGAUCCAGACAUUGGGUUGAGUCUCGCAGGGAUUUUACAGCACAGGAAAAGCCGCUGCCAUGGAGCUUUUGACGGAGCUCUGGGAGCAGCUGUGG